ACACCUCGUGGAAGACGUGUGGCAUUUAGAGCUACAGGCGCUCCCUCUCUCUCUCUGUCGCUCUGUCAUUUCUUUCAAAUCUCAUGUCCCUCGUGACUAUCAUUUACGGCCUUUUAUAACGCUCUCAUUCGUUUCAAAUAUCACCCUUCCUCUUCAACCCAAAACCCAACUCAUUCAGCUCCGAAAAGACGAAGAAUAUGUCGAGGGCAACCGUUGUUGAGCUCGAUUUCUUCGGAAUGGAGAAAGAGAACUCUUCCAAAUCUCAGUUCCAGAAGUUUCUUGAUCGCCAGAGAAGCUUUCGAGGAAUGCAAAGCGCCAUUUCCAAGAUCAACCCUCAAGUUCUCAAAUCCGUGAUUGCCUCCGGUUCUGUGAACCACGGCUGCGAAAGCGGCAAUCCGAUUCCUUCAAAGAUUUCGAUUUCGGUGCCUUCGAGUCCGGCUUUACCUGUCUAUACUCCUCCUACACUCAGGCUUAUCCCAGAGAGCCUUUCAGAUACAGCACCUUUAACGAUAUUUUACAACGGGACCGUCUCGGUUUUCGAUGCGCCUCGAGACAAGGCGGAGAACAUUUUGAAGCUUGCUCUGGAAAGAACAUUCGAUUCGAUGAAACUUUCAGUUCCUUCAAGCGACCAACAACAGCUGCUCGAUACACUAAACGGGGAUCUACCAAUUGCGCGAAGAAAGUCGUUGCAAAGAUUCUUAGAGAAACGCAAAGAGAGGUUGACUUCGGUUUCGCCGUAUGCUUGUUGCACCUAAUACGCGUUUGACAGGAGAUGGCUAUAACACAAAUAGUUGUAAAAUGCUUAUGUCCUCCAAGGAUUUAAGCUUUAUUCUAGUAAAAGCUUUAUCCUCUUAAGACAGAUGGAGUGCCAAUAGAAAAGCUUGGUAGGGGACCACGGAGGUGGUUCACGUUUUUAGUAAUGACUAAUGGGUGUUGUAUGUCUUUGACAAUUCCGACUGGUGUUAUUAUUAUUAUUAUUCGCUGCCUCCUUCCUCUAGACCUUCGUAUGGUCGGCUAUCCAUGUGGGCUUUUGAAGCCAUUCGUUUAUUAUUUAUCAAGUUAUUUUAUUA